CGACGACACAUAAAUUCACAGUUGUCAAGAACAUCCCAUGCAAUUCAAUUCGUUGGCCGGUGUGGAAGAGAUCGAAAUAUAUAAUUAAAACUAAUCGAAAGAAAUACAAAAAUCAGAUAUCAUGGAUCCCAUGAAAGUGGAAGUUAAGGAAAUUGAAAAUCUUUUCAAGUUGGAUCCGUAUUUAAAGCCCUUCGAAAGGGAAAUACGACGAAGACAUGGCGUCUUGCAAGAAUGGGUUGGAAAAAUUGAAAAACUUGAAGGUGGCAUGGAUACCUUUAGCCAAGGUUACAAAUACUAUGGUAUACACUUUUUACCCGAUAAUUCCGUGGUGGCUCGUGAAUGGGCUCCUGGAGCAAAAGAAGUUUAUCUAACAGGCGAUUUUAAUAACUGGCAAUGGGAAGCAACACCAUUCAAAAAGUUGGAUUUCGGCAAAUGGGAAUUACAUUUGCCCGCCAAUUCCGACGGCACACCACCAAUCAAGCAUUUAAGUGAAGUCAAAGUUAUUAUACGCAAUCAGGCGGGACAAUUGCUAGAUCGAUUGUCUCCCUGGGCGGUGUAUGUAAAACAACCCCCUAAAGAGGCUAAUCAGGGUGUUAACUAUAAGCAAUAUGUAUGGAAUCCCCCGGCAGCUGAACGUUAUCAAUGCCAACAUCCCAAGGCAAAGAGGCCCAAAUCAUUGCGUAUCUAUGAAUGUCAUGUUGGCAUAGCCUCUCAGGAGCCCUGUAUUGGUUCAUAUGAUAAUUUUGCCGACAAUAUUUUGCCACGUAUUAAAAAACAAGGGUACAAUGCCAUACAAGUAAUGGCCGUAAUGGAACAUGCCUAUUAUGCUAGUUUUGGUUAUCAAGUGACCAGCUUCUUUGCUGCCUCCAGCCGUUAUGGUACACCGGAACAAUUGAAACGUAUGAUUGAUGUUGCUCAUUCGCAUGGUCUCUAUGUUUUGCUGGAUGUGGUACACUCACAUGCCAGUAAAAAUGUCCAAGAUGGUCUUAAUCAGUUUGAUGGCACCAAUAGCUGUUACUUCCAUGAUGGCAGCCGUGGUGAACAUGCUCUGUGGGAUAGUCGCCUCUUUAAUUACAUGGAAUAUGAAGUUUUGCGGUUUUUGUUGUCAAAUCUGAGAUGGUGGCAUGAUGAGUAUAAGUUUGAUGGUUAUAGAUUCGAUGGUGUCACUUCCAUGUUGUAUCAUUCCCGUGGCAUUGGUGAGGGCUUUAGUGGAGAUUACAAUGAGUAUUUUGGUCUCAAUGUGGACACAGAUGCCCUUAAUUAUUUGGCCUUGGCCAAUCACAUGCUACAUGAACAAAAUCCGGAAUGCAUUACAAUUGCUGAGGAUGUUUCGGGUAUGCCCACUCUAUGUCGCCCCAUCGUUGAGGGUGGCAUUGGUUUUGAUUAUCGUUUGGGUAUGGCCAUUCCUGACAAAUGGAUUGAGUUGCUGAAAGAAUUUACCGAUGACCAAUGGAAAAUGGGUGAUAUUGUACACACCUUGACAAAUCGACGCUGGAAGGAGAAUACGGUUGCAUAUGCCGAAUCACAUGACCAAGCCUUGGUGGGUGACAAAACAAUUGCCUUUUGGCUAAUGGACAAAGAUAUGUAUACCCACAUGUCGGUGUUGUCUGAACCGAAUUUGGUCAUAGAUCGUGGUUUGGCUCUACACAAAAUGAUACGUCUCAUAACCCAUGCCCUGGGCGGAGAAGCGUAUUUGAAUUUUAUGGGUAAUGAAUUUGGCCAUCCUGAAUGGCUGGAUUUCCCGAGAGCCGGUAACAAUGAUUCCUAUCACUAUGCUCGCCGCCAAUGGAAUCUGGUCGAUGAUGAACUGCUGAAAUAUAAAUACCUUAAUGAAUUCGAUCGUGCCAUGAAUCAAUUGGAAGAACGUUUUGGUUGGUUGCAUUCCGAUCCAGGCUAUGUUAGCUGGAAACAUGAGGGCGAUAAGGUGAUUGCCUUUGAACGUGCCGGCUUGGUGUUUGUUUUCAAUUUCCAUCCGACGCAAAGUUUUACCGGUUAUCGUGUUGGCACUAAUUGGGCGGGUACCUAUAAGAUUUGCCUAUCCUCCGAUGAUGCGGAGUUUGGUGGUUUCGGUCGACUCGACAAGGAAUGUAAACAUUUGACCCGACACGAACAUUAUGGUGGUCGUGAAAACUUUUUCGAGGUUUAUACUCCGGCACGCACAGCUGUGGUCUAUGAGCACAUAAGUGAUUGAGGGGGUGAAUCGAUCAUUGGAGGCGAAUUCUUUCAAUGUGACAUAAAGUGAUAAAAAAAAACUUGAAAAACAAAACGAAAUUUACAGAUUAUUGUUAUUAUAUACUGUAGUUAUAUAUACGCACAAUUAUUUCCUUUUUUUGUAGAGAAAAUUUAUUUUUUUAUAAUAAAAACUAAAAAAUGAAAA